AAAUGUAAGUGUUAUAUUAGAUCAAAGGCUAGUCUGAGCCAGUGGAAAAUCUAGCAUCAGCUUGCUUUAUUUUUAAUUUUUUUUUUUUUUUUUCUUAAGAUCACCUUUAUCCAAUUUGACGUUGUGGGAGUCCAGCAUGAUGGUCUCAGUCUUCCUGCUCGUGCUGCUUUCUGUGGUAGCCAUCUCUCUUCCUGCAGCCCAGGCACAACUUCCUGAGGACUGUCAUGAUGUCUACAAAAAUGGCUCCACACACAGUGGGUUGUACACUAUCUAUCCUCCAGAGGGCACACCUGUUGAGGUGUACUGUGACAUGGACUGUGAAGACAAGGAUGACAAAGGGGGGUGGAUUGUGAUUCAGAGGAGAUCGGAUGGCACUUUGAACUUCCACAGACCCUGGGAUCAGUACAAGAGUGGCUUUGGGGAUAUUUCUGGAGAACACUGGCUGGGACUGGAGAACACCUUUGCAAUUACUUGGCAAAAGAAGUACAGGUUGAGGGUGGACAUGGAGGAUUUUGAGGGAGGAACCGUCCGUGCUGAGUAUAGCUCCUUCUCUCUGGACCCUGAGUCUGAUGGAUACAGGCUGAAUCUUGGUGACUACAUUGAUGGAGGUGCAGGUGACGCCCUGAUUUAUCAAAAGGGGAUGAGGUUUGCCACCUUUGACAAGGACCUGGAUGGAUAUUACAAUUAUUAUUCGUAUUAUUAUUCCUUUGGCAUGAAUUAUGGAGGAUUCUGGUUCAGCUACUAUAAUCAGGCAAACCCCAAUGGCUUGUACUUGUGGGCGUCCAGCUCAAAUUAUCAAAUGGGUAUCAGAUGGGACACCUGGAAGGGGCCCUAUUACUCUUUGAAAGCCAUCACCAUGAAGAUCAGACCAGUGUCUCUGCAUGACAUAAAGAACUAGGAAGGGCAACUACAAAUCAAAUCAGCUUCCAGUUUGGUCCGCACCCUCUCUAUGUUCUCUGUUCCUCUUCUUCUGUAGUUGGGAAGCUUUGGGUGCGAUGAAGAGAUUAUUGGACCUUUUUUCUGUUAUAAUUACCGCAAAAUAACUACUUAUUGAUACUUUCAUGACUUUUUGUUUUGUCUCAUAAUUUUACAAGAUAGUAGAAACAUUUAUAUCUUCAUGGGAUGGAACACCUGUAAAUUUUCAGUCAGCCAAAUCAGUUUGGUUCGAAACCCACCCACAACCCAAAUAACUAUCUCAGUGGGUCCCACUGUAGGGUCUGUCAUAUAAUAUGGUGCAUUAGAAUGCUUACUGGGGUAAUUCUAGAUAUAAAAUGCAAGAUUAUCAUAAUUUAAUGAAUUAAUUUAUCUCCUAUUCUAAAAUGAAGCUCACCAAGGCCAUUCUGCUUUCAUGUGUGUGUUUGUAAUCACCUGCUUCCAAAUAAACACUGUGCUGUUA